CUCUUCAUCAUUUUCUAUAUAUAUAAUUUCCUCUUCAUUUGAAAAACCAUAAUUGUGAGGAGAUUGGGACAAAUUAAGAGAAAAGAUAUAUAAUGAUGACAAAUUCUAUGAACAUCAAACUAUGGUUUCUUAAUUUGAUUAUGUUGUUUUGUAUGAUACUUUCUAUGACACAUGGAAGACCAAUAAAUCCAGAGUUUAGAGUGAAAGCAGUUAACCUUGGUGGUUGGUUGGUUACUGAAGGUUGGAUGAAACCUUCUCUCUUUGAUGCCAUUCCAAAUAAAGACUUCUUGGAUGGAGCAGGUCUUCAAUUCAAAUCAGUGACGACAAAGAAAUAUUUGUGUGCAGAGUCUGGAGGAGGAACCAUUCUUGUUGCAAACCGCUCAAGUGCUUCUGGUUGGGAAACAUUUAGAUUGUGGAGAAUAAACAAAGAAACUUUCAGAUUUAAGGUGUUUAACAAACAAUUUGUGGGGUUGGAUGGAUAUAACGUUGUUGCUGUUUCUAAUUCUUCCAUUGAUUCUGAAACAUUCCAUAUUGUUAAGGAAAAUGAUAAUUCCACCUUUGUUCGAAUCAAAGCUUCCAAUGGAUACUUCUUGCAGGCAAAAACAGAAACGCUGGUGACAGCUGAUAUUUCAGAAGUUAGAGGAUGGAAAGAUGAUGAUCCAACUGUUUUUGAAAUGACCAUUGCUGCAAGAUUGCAAGGUGAUUUCCAAAUAACAAAUGGUUAUGGGCCUAUAAAAGCUGCACAAGUUAUGAAGGAUCAUUGGAGCAGUUUUAUAGUUGAAGAUGAUUUCAAGUUCAUAGCAAGGAAUGGAUUAAAUGCAGUUAGAAUUCCAGUGGGUUGGUGGAUAGCAAGUGACCCAACUCCACCAUGGCCUUAUGUUGGAGGUUCUUUGCACGCACUAGACAAUGCCUUCUCAUGGGCCAAGAAAUAUGGAUUGAAAAUCAUUAUUGAUCUUCAUGCUGCACCUGGUUCUCAAAAUGGCUUUCAACAUAGCUCUACAAGAGAUGGAUCACAAGAAUGGGGACAAUCAGAUGAAAAUAUUCAGCAAACAGUUGAUGUUAUAAGCUUCCUAACAGCAAGGUAUACAAAAAACCCUAGUCUAUAUGCAGUUGAACUCUUAAACGAACCUCUCUCUCCAGGUGUAACCCUAGAGACCAUAAACAAGUACUACAAGGCUGGUUACGACGCGGUGCGUAAACACUCCACCACUACCUAUGUGGUUAUGUCAAAUAGGCUAGGACCCUCAGAACCCAAGGAACUCUUUCCUCUUGCCAAUGGUCUUAUGAGGUCUGUAAUUGAUGUUCACUACUACAACAUCUUUGAUGAUUCGUUUGAAAACAUGUCUGCUCAACAGAACAUUGAUUUUAUUUACAACAAUCGUUCAUCGGAGUUGAAUUUUAUUACAACAUCGAAUGGUCCUCUUACUUUCGUCGGUGAAUGGGUUUCUGAUUGGCGAGUGAAAGAUGCAACAAAAGAGGACUUCCAAAGAUUUGGCAAAGCACAAAUAGAAGUUUUUGGUGAAGCAACAUUUGGUUGGUCUUACUGGGCUUUUAAGAAUGCAAACCUACAUUGGAGUCUUGAAUGGAUGAUUAAUAAUGGUUACAUCAAGCUUUAGAAAGAUGUCUCUUUAAUUAGACCCAAAAAUAAAGCUUUCUUUGUGAUUUGCAUGGUGACAAUUAUUUAAAUAAAGAACAAUUAUUUAAGUCGGGAUUUUGACAACAAUGAUCGAUACAAUGUUGAACUAUUGAAUUAUAAGUUAUUUUGUAGAGAAGAAGAUAAAAGAGGAACUGAAUCUUAUUCCAA